AUGACAUCAACCCUAGCAAAUAUGAGUUUCUCUGCUCCCACUUCAUCUUGCAGAAUGAACAAAAUUUAUAAUCUCAAAUUAACAACUUUGUCCGGAACAAGGAAUACAACUUUCUACAACAACGUAAAAGCUAUGGCAACAGGAGAUGAUUCAAGCUUGCAGAGGGCAAAACUGCCACCAGAAUUGAAGAAGUUGUUCCCCCGAUAUACAAGCUUCAAGUGGGCAAAGCUGUUACCAGAUUUGGAGAUGGCAUUGUCCCAAUCUUCACGUAGAAGAGAUAGGACAUUUCGAAAGUUGUUGGACUCUGAUACGAAUGUGGAAGAUCCACCGCUGGAAGAUGUGUACAUUGACCAUUACCCUUGGGUUGUUCCGAUAAAUGGUAAACCUGUUACUGGAAAAUUUCCUUUCCUAGUAAAAGAAGGCCAGGAUCAUCACACGUUUAGAUUUAACGUGCCUGGUAUGACUAAGAAUGAUGUUGAGGUAUCGAUUGAGGGGAAGGUGCUGAAUGUGAAAGCAGCAAAAAAAGCUACAGAGAAGAUUAAUGGAGGUCAAGUAAAUGACAAUGGAGAAUUAAGUGAUGAACAUGAAGAUUGGCCUGCUAAUAGAUUUCGUCUGUUUUUCUGUCUUGGGCUUCCGAAAAAUACUGAGUUUGAGAAAAUUAAGGCAAAGGUUAAGGAUGGUGUUCUUUACAUAACAAUCCCUAAAGUCAAAACUAAUGAGAAUGUAAUUAGGAUAGAUGUACAAUAA